UUUCUUCUCUCCUCUCUCCUCUCUUCUGCUGUACCCAUACCCUUGCAAAAGCAGCAGAAGAAGAGUUCUUGUCAUUGCAAUUCGACCCUCCAUACCCACGGUCUUUGCUAAAGAAUCUUGGAAAGCUGCUGAUGCUACGGUAGAGUGUUCCCUUAUACAGAUCUUGUCCCCGCGAGGACCUUUGCCCCUCCCCCCACCAUUCGCCCGCAAUGCCUCAAUCCGAGGAUGUCGCCGUUCCCUCGAGCCCUCUGUCCGGAGGGCCCGUGGCGUACACUCAGGCCAACAAGGAAUUGUAUCCCCUGCCCUCCUUGAAGAACACCAAUGGCGCGGUGAUCCCGCCCGCCUCCUCGCGAGUCCGAGGAAGCAGUGGGAAGAUGUUUGCCCUCGAGCUGGAAGAUGGAACCGUCUACCAGGGCUACAGCUUUGGUGCGGAGAAGAGCGUGUCCGGUGAAUUGGUCUUCCAGACGGGGAUGGUGGGCUACCCGGAAUCCGUCACCGAUCCUUCUUACCGGGGUCAGGUUCUGGUCGUCACCUUCCCGCUCGUGGGUAACUACGGUGUUCCCUCCCGGGAGACCAUGGAUGAGCUGCUCAAGACGCUGCCCAAGCACUUUGAGUCGACGGAGAUCCACAUCGCCGCUCUCGUCAUUGCCUCCUACGCGGGCGAGGAUUACUCGCACUUCCUCGCUCAGUCGUCCCUGGGGCAAUGGCUGAAGGAGCAGGGCGUCCCCGCCAUGCACGGUGUGGACACCCGUGCCCUCACCAAGCGCAUCCGUCAGAAGGGUAGCAUGCUGGGUCGCAUGCUGCUCUCCAAGUCCGAUCGGGAGGAGGCCCCCACAGAGAAGGACAGCUGGAGGCCCGUCUUUGAGGAGCUGGACUGGGUCGAUCCCAACGUGAAGAACCUCGUGAGCGAGGUCUCCAUCAAGGAACCCAAGCUGUACUCCCCGCCCGACAAUGUUGCCCUCAAACACCCUUCGGGCCGUCCCGUCCGCGUGCUCUGCGUGGACGUCGGCCUCAAGUUCAACCAGCUGCGGUGCCUGCUGGCCCGUGGUGUCGAGGUCCUCGUGGUUCCCUGGGAUUAUGACUUCCCGACCCUGGCUGGUAAGAACUACGACGGUCUGUUCGUCUCCAACGGUCCCGGUGACCCCGCCACCCUCUCCAAGACCGUCGAGAACCUGUCCAAGGUCCUCGAGGAGGGCCGUACGCCCGUCUUCGGCAUCUGUCUCGGCCACCAGCUGAUCGCCCGCUCGUCCGGUGCGCGCACCGCGAAGAUGAAGUUCGGUAACCGCGGCCACAACAUCCCCUGCACCAGCAUGAUCUCGGGCAAAUGCCACAUCACCUCGCAGAACCACGGUUAUGCCGUGGACGCCGCCAGCCUCACGGACGGCUGGGAGGAGCUGUUCGUCAACGCCAACGAUGGCAGCAACGAGGGUAUCCGCCACCUGAACCGCCCCUACUUCAGCGUCCAGUUCCACCCGGAAAGCACCCCCGGUCCCCGCGACACCGAGUAUCUCUUCGAUGUGUUCAUCAGCACCAUCCAAGACACCCUCGCUUCCCCCGACGCGCUGAACAAACCCGUGUCGUUCCCCGGAGGCACCAAGGAAGAGAACAUCAAGGUCGCUCCCCGCGUCUCCGUCAAGAAGGUCUUGAUCCUGGGCAGUGGCGGUCUGAGCAUUGGUCAGGCCGGAGAGUUCGAUUACUCGGGCAGUCAGGCCAUCAAGGCCCUGAAGGAGGAAGGGAUCUACACCAUUCUGAUCAACCCCAACAUCGCCACGAUCCAGACUUCCAAGGGCUUGGCCGACAAGGUGUACUUCCUCCCCGUCAACGCGGACUUUGUGCGCAAGGUCAUCAAGCACGAGCGCCCCGAUGCCAUCUACGUCACCUUUGGUGGCCAGACCGCCCUCCAGGUCGGUAUCCAGCUCAAGGAUGAGUUCGAGUCCCUCGGCGUCAAGGUGCUCGGUACCCCCAUUGAUACCAUCAUCACCACCGAGGACCGCGAGUUAUUUGCUCGCAGCAUGGAGUCGAUCAACGAGAAGUGCGCGCAAUCGGCGUCCGCCUCCAGCCUGGAGGAGGCCAUGCGGGUGGUGGAGGAUAUCCAGUUCCCCGUCAUCGUCCGUGCCGCCUACGCCCUGGGCGGUCUCGGGAGCGGUUUUGCCGAUGACAUGGACCAGCUGAAGGACCUCUGCACCAAGGCCUUUGCUGCCAGCCCGCAGGUCCUGAUUGAGAAGAGUAUGAAGGGCUGGAAGGAGAUCGAAUACGAGGUCGUCCGCGACGCCCAGGACAACUGCAUCACCGUGUGUAACAUGGAGAACUUCGAUCCCCUGGGUAUCCACACCGGUGACUCCAUUGUGGUCGCCCCCUCCCAGACGCUCUCGGACGAGGACUACAACAUGCUGCGUACCACGGCGGUCAACGUGAUCCGUCACCUGGGCGUGGUCGGCGAGUGCAAUAUCCAAUAUGCCCUCAACCCGUUCUCCCGGGAAUACUGCAUCAUUGAAGUCAACGCCCGUCUGUCAAGAUCCUCCGCGCUUGCCUCCAAGGCCACCGGCUAUCCUCUGGCGUUUAUUGCCGCCAAGCUGGGUCUGGGCAUCCCCCUCAACGAGAUCAAGAACUCCGUCACCAAGGUCACCUGCGCGUGCUUCGAGCCGUCCCUGGAUUACUGCGUGGUGAAGAUCCCCCGCUGGGAUCUCAAGAAGUUCACCCGUGUCUCCACCCAGCUGGGUUCCUCCAUGAAGAGUGUCGGUGAAGUCAUGGCCAUCGGUCGCACGUUCGAGGAGGCCAUUCAGAAGGCCAUCCGCUCCGUGGACUUCCAUAACAUGGGCUUCAACGAGACCAACGCGCUCAUGUCCAUCAAGGGAGAGCUGCAGACCCCCUCGGAUCAGCGUCUCUUCGCCAUCGCCAACGCCAUGGCGGCCGGAUACAGCGUCGAUGACAUCUGGAAACUCACCCAGAUCGACAAGUGGUUCCUCAGCCGACUCAAGGGCCUGAGUGACUUUGGCAAGCUGAUGUCGUCUUACAAUGCCAACACGGUGCCCAAGCUUUGGAUCCGCCAGGCGAAGCAGCUGGGUUUCUCGGAUCGCCAGCUGGCCAAGUUCUUGAGCUCCAAUGAACUGGCGGUGCGUCGACUCCGUGUCGAAUCCGGCAUCAUCCCCAUCGUCAAGCAGAUUGAUACCGUUGCGGCCGAGUUCCCGUCGGUGACCAACUACCUGUACCUCACCUACAACGCUUCAGAGCAUGACGUGGCGUUCGACGAUAACGGGAUCAUGGUGCUGGGCUCUGGUGUCUACCGUAUUGGAUCUUCGGUCGAGUUCGACUGGUGCUCCGUGCGCACGAUCCGCACCCUGCGUGAACAGGGCCACAAGACGGUCAUGGUCAACUACAACCCCGAGACUGUGAGUACCGACUAUGACGAGGCCGACCGCCUGUACUUCGAGAACAUCAACCUGGAGACCGUGCUCGACAUCUACCAGCUCGAAGCCUCGAGCGGCGUGAUCAUGUCCAUGGGUGGUCAGACGCCCAACAACAUUGCGCUGCCCCUGCACCGCCUCAACGUCCAGAUUCUUGGUACCUCCCCGGAGAUGAUCGACGGUGCCGAAAACCGGUACAAGUUCUCGCGUAUGCUGGACCGGAUUGGCGUGGACCAGCCGUCCUGGAAGGAGCUGACCAGCAUUGAGGAGGCCACCGGCUUCUGCAACAAGGUCGGCUACCCCGUGCUGGUCCGUCCCUCGUACGUGCUCUCGGGAGCGGCCAUGAACACCGUCUACUCCGAGCACGAUCUGGCUAGCUACCUGAACCAGGCGGCCGACGUGUCCCGGGAUCACCCCGUGGUCAUCACCAAGUACAUCGAGAAUGCCAAGGAGAUUGAGAUGGACGCUGUGGCCCGCAACGGUGUCAUGGUUGGUCACUUCAUCUCCGAGCACGUGGAGAACGCUGGUGUCCACUCCGGUGAUGCCACCCUGAUCCUGCCCCCGCAGGACUUGGAUCCCGAGACCGUGCGCCGCAUCGAGGAGGCCACCAGCAAGAUCGGAAACGCGCUGAACGUGACCGGCCCCUUCAACAUCCAGUUCAUCGCCAAGGACAACGACAUCAAGGUCAUCGAGUGCAACGUCCGUGCCUCUCGGUCGUUCCCGUUCGUGUCGAAGGUGAUGGGCGUUGAUCUGAUCGAGAUGGCCACCAAGGCCAUGAUCGGCGCGCCGUUCACCGAGUACCCGCCCGUCAGCAUCCCCAAGGACUACGUCGGUGUGAAGGUGCCUCAGUUCUCCUUCUCGCGUCUGUCCGGCGCGGACCCAGUUCUGGGUGUGGAGAUGGCGUCCACGGGUGAAGUGGCCUCGUUCGGUCGCGACAAGUACGAGGCGUAUCUCAAGGCCCUCCUCUCUACCGGCUUCCGCCUGCCCAAGGCCAAGGUCCUGUUCUCGAUCGGUUCCUAUAAGGAGAAGUUGGAGAUGCUGCCGUCCAUCCAGAAGCUGCACCAGAUUGGGUACUGCCUGUUCGCCACCGCGGGUACCGCCGAUUUCUUGAAGGAGAACGGCGUCCCGGUCAAGUACCUGGAGGUGCUUGCGGGCCAGGAGGACGACAUCAAGUCGGAAUACUCGUUGACCCAGCACUUGUCCAACAACCUCAUCGAUCUCUACAUCAACCUGCCCUCGAGCAACCGAUUCCGGCGCCCGGCCAACUACAUGUCCAAGGGUUAUCGCACUCGCCGUAUGGCCGUCGACUACCAGACGCCCCUGGUGACGAACGUCAAGAACGCGAAGAUCCUGAUCGAGGCCAUCGCCCGCAACUACUCGCUCAACGUGCAGACCAUCGACUAUCAGACUAGCCAUCGGACCAUCAUCCUUCCGGGCUUGGUCAACGUCGCCGCCUUCGUGCCCGACCUCGUGACCCCGAGCUCGCCCAACUUCGAGCGGGUGACCAAGGCCUCGAUCGCGGCCGGAUUCAGCAUGAUCCGUGUCAUGCCCGUUGGCGUUGACGCCUCGAUCACCGAUGCGCGGUCGUUGAAGGUUGCCCAGCAGACUGCCCAGAAGUCUUCGUUCUGCGACUUCAACUUCUCGGUUGUGGCCACCUCGACCAACGCGGAGCAGAUCGGCCAGGUGACCGGCGAUGUGGGUUCCCUGUUCAUCCCCUUCAACCACCUGUCCGGGAACAUCAGCAAGGUCGCGGCGGUCACCAGCCACUUCGGCGCCUGGCCUUCGAGCAAGCCCAUCAUCACCGACGCCAAGUCCACCGACCUGGCCUCGGUGCUGCUGCUGGCCAGCCUCCACAGCCGCAACAUCCACGUGAUGAGCGUGACGUCCAAGGAGGACAUCCACCUGAUCGCGCUGAGCAAGGAGAAGGGCCUCCGGGUGACCUGCGAUGUGUCGAUCUUCUGCCUGUUCUUCUCCCGCGACGACUACCCGCUGUGCAGCUUCCUGCCGUCGGCUGAGGACCAGAAGGCUCUGUGGGAGCAUCUGGCGACCAUCGACGUCUUCUCCGUCAGCAGCGUUCCCUUCCAGCUCGCCGGUGAGAAGGCCUCUCCCGUGGCCGGUAUUGCCGAGUCUCUGCCUCUGCUGUUCACCGCCGUUGCGGAGGGUUGCCUGACGGUCGACGACAUCGUGGCGCGUCUCUAUGACAACCCCAAGAAGAUCUUCGAGCUGCACGAGCAGGCCGACAGCUCCGUCGAGAUUGAGGUCGACCGCCCGUACCAGUACCAGUCGGCGGAUUGGUCCCCUCUCAACGGCAAGAGCGUGCGCGGCUCCGUCCAGCGUGUGAUCUUCCAGGGCAAGACGGCCUGCCUGGACGGCGUGGUCUCUCCCGACGCUCCCAAGGGUGCCGACAUGUCCGGCCACCGGAUCAUGCCGGCGUCCCCCUCUGUCAAGGCCAUGUCUCCUAUGGUGCAUGGCCGCACGGAGCCGUUUGACCGCCGCGGCUCGAUCUCGGGCACUCCCGGCCGGCAACUGCGCAAGGGGCUGGACCAGGGCAUUCCCGCCACCAGCGAGCUCGGACCGCCUCUCUACAACGUCCCGCAGGUUGCGUCGCAGCUGACGCAGAUCCUGGCGCGUUCGCCGUUCAAGCAGAAGCACGUGCUGUCCGUCAACCAGUUCAACCGCUCGGACCUGCACCUGCUCUUCACCGUCGCGCAGGAGAUGCGCCUUGGUGUGCAGCGGGAGGGUGUGCUCGAUGUGCUCAAGGGCCGCGUCCUGUGCACGCUCUUCUACGAGCCUUCCACGCGGACGUCGGCGUCGUUCGACGCCGCCAUGCAGCGUCUGGGCGGCCGGACCGUGGCCAUCGCGACGCAGCACUCGUCCACCCAGAAGGGUGAGACGCUGCAGGACACGAUCCGCACGCUCGGCUGCUACGCGGACGCCGUGGUCCUGCGUCACCCGCUGCCGACCAGCAUGGAGACAGCGGCGCAGUUCUCGCCCGUGCCGAUCAUCAACGGCGGCAACGGCAGCGUGGAGCACCCCACGCAGGCGUUCCUCGACCUCUUCACGAUCCGCGAAGAGCUGGGCACGGUGACGGGGCUGACGAUCACGUUCACAGGCGACCUGCGGUACGGCCGGACGGUGCACUCGCUGAUCAAGCUGCUGCAGUUCUACGACGUGCGCGUGCAGCUGGUGGCGCCCAAGGACCUGUCUCUGCCGGAGGAGGUGCGACAGCAGGUGAUCGCGUCUGGGCAGCUGGUGGUGGAAUCGGAGGAGCUGACGCCGGAGAUCGUGGCGCGGUCGGACGUGCUGUACUCGACUCGGGUGCAGAAGGAGCGAUUCGUGGAUCUGGGCCAGUACGAGCGUCUGAAGAACAGCUUCGUGAUCGACAACGCGCUGCUGAAGCAUGCUAAGAGCCACAUGGUGGUGAUGCAUCCGCUGCCGCGGAACAUGGAGAUUGCGGAGGAGGUGGACUUUGACCAGCGGGCGGCCUAUUUCCGACAGAUGCGAUAUGGGCUGUACUGCCGCAUGGCCUUGUUGGCGUUGGUGUUGGCGCCUUAGCUUGUGGAUGAAGUCUGUGGCCCAGAUGGUUGUUGCAUUCCGCCAGAUUGUUUGGUUGAAGAAUGCCGUCU